AUGUUUGCAUUUACCUCAACCGGUGGGAGAAUAUCUACGGAUUUAAAUGAUGGUCGUGGGCCUUAUACAUUCCGUUUGAAUGGCCACAACCAUCAUAAUAUUGGAUCAUUGUUGCCUAUGCAUCCUAAUGGACGCCCUAGAUUUGCUCAAUUGUACGUUUAUGACAUGGAAAAUGAGAUUGAUAAUCGCUUUUAUGCUUUGCGAAAUUGUGUGUCACCAACGCCUGAUCAAGUCAUCCUACGCACAUUAGUGAAUGACUUGUUGUUGAUGCUUGAUGCGAACAAUGCAUUGGUGCAGGCUUUUAGGAUGGCACGUGAAAGGUUUAAUGACAACUCAAUGCAACGUCUUACGCUUCGCUUGCUUGGUAUGCGAAAUAGAAGAGAAGGACAAUAUUCUUUGCCUACUGUUCCUGAAGUGGCUGCAUUGAUUCCAGGUGACGGAAAUCCUACGGACUCACGUGAUAUUAUUAUUGAAGAACGUGGUAGUCGUAGUGCAAAGCGUAUAUCUGAAUUGCACCCAAGUUUUAUGGCGUUGCAGUAUCCUUUGUUGUUUCCGUAUGGAGAAGAUGGAUUCCAUCUUAAUAUUCCUCUAUGUAAUAUAUCCGCAUCAAGUAGGCGGCAAUUGGUUUCAUUAAGAGAAUAUUAUUCUUACCGUUUACAACUUAGGAGGAAUGAAGGUAAGACAUUACACAAAUCUGGCCGUUUAUUUCAGACGUAUGUUGUGGACUGUUAUUUAGCUAUCCUUGAACAUGAGAUGAAUUGGUUUAAACAAAACCAAAACACUAUUCGUUCGGAUUUGUAUAAUGGUUUAUAUGAUCGUAUCGCUGAUGGUGAAACAAGUUGUGAAGCAGUUGGUCGACGUUUUAUCCUGCCAGCAACAUUUGUCGGUGGGCCAAGAUAUAUGAUUCAACAGUAUCAGGAUGCAAUGGCUAUUUGUCGUUGGGCCGGGGCUCCGGACCUUUUUAUUACUAUGACAUGCAAUUCAAAAUGGCCGGAAAUUACCCGACACAUUCAAGCAACAACCCCUGGUAUGAGUGCAUCCGACCGCCCGGACAUUGUUGCCCGUGUUUUCAAAAUUAAACUUGAUGAACUUAUCAAAGACAUAAGGAAAAGGAAUACUUUUGGACACACGAAAGCAGUUAUCUAUACAAUCGAGUUUCAGAAACGAGGACUUCCACACUCUCAUAUUCUGCUUUUUUUUUUACAACCUGAAGAUAAGAUUAAUACGGUUGACAAUAUCGAUAAAUAUAUAUCUGUUGAGCUUCCUUCGGAGGUGGAAGACCCUAUAGCUUUUGGUAUUGUUCGUACGCAAAUGAUGCAUGGUCCAUGUGGUUUGCUCAACCCUUCAAGUCCUUGUAUGCAUAACGGUGUAUGUAGUAAAGGGUACCCAAAGAAUUAUUGUGAGGAGACAUUCAUCCGAAAUGAUUGUUGGCCGUGUUAUAAGAGGCCCAAUAAUUCAAGAGUUGUUAAAGUUGGUUCUCAAGAUAUUAAGCUUGAUGAUCGGUAUGUUGUUUCUUAUAACCGUGAAUUGUUGGUGAAAUAUGGUUGUCACAUUAAUGUUGAGUGGUGCAACCAAGGGAUGUUAGUCAAGUAUCUUUUUACUUAUAUAAACAAAGGCCCAGAUCGUGCAACUGUGGUUUUGGAAGGUGCUCAAAAUAGGACAACGUUUGCGUCCUUAUUACAUAAUGAAAAUGAAAUUGAGGAAUAUUUAAAUUGUCGGUAUAUAUCUUCUAUUGAGGCAUGUUGGAAGAUUUUUGAAUUUGAAAUGAAGUACCGUGAUGUUGCUGUUGAGCGAUUACCUUUUCAGGAGGAAGGGUGUAAUAGAGUGUAUUUUCAUGAUAAUGAUGAGGUUGAGGAAGUUGCCCAACGUGCUACGGCUAGCAUGUCAAAAUUUACUGAAUGGAUGCGUGCAAAUGAAAGGUUUCCGCAUGGUCGUUCUUUGACAUAUGUAGAGUUUCCAUCAAAGUUCACUUGGCAUGAAAAGGAGAAGGAGUGGUUGCCACGACAUAGGACGGUUUGUAUUGGCCGCAUUUAUUAUGUGAGCCCAUCGAUGGGUGAAAAGUAUUACCUCCGUAUGUUAUUAAAUGUUCAACGUGGGCCAUUAAGCUUUAAAGACAUUCGUACGGUUGAUGGUGUUGAGCAUCCAACUUAUAUGUCUGCUUGCAAUGCGUUGGGUUUGUUAGGAGAUGAUGUAGAGUGGGUAGAUUCAAUACGUGAAGCUUCUCAAUGGCAGUUGGGGAAUCAACUUCGUGAUUUAUUUGUCUGCAUUCUAUUGUUUUGUACGGUUAGUGAUCAACGGAGGUUAUUUUUUGAUUGUCUACCUUACUUAUCAGAUGAUAUUGCUUACAAUCGACGCACAAUGCUGCAGAAUAAUGAUGUGGUAUUCACAGAUGAAGAGAUUCUCAAUUAUACAUUGAUUGAGAUUGAAAGAGUUUUAAUUGGUCAUGGUAAAAGUUUAUUAGAUUUUCCUAAUUUGCCUCAAAUUGAUCGUCAAUUGGUUGAUACUAUGGAAAAUCGGUUGAUUAUGGCUGAGCGCACCUUCAAUAUUGAAGAAGAAAUGACGCUUUUUCAUGAUUUAUUUUGUGGAUUGAAUGCUGAACAAAGGGAGGUGUUUGAUUAUGUAUGUGAUUGUGUUGAUAGACGGACGGGUGGUGCUGUUUUUGUUUUUGGUAGUGGAGGGACGGGAAAAACGUAUUUAUGGAAGACUCUCAUUUCCUGUUUUCGUUCACGUGGCCAAAUCGUCUUGUCUGUUGCUUCUUCUGGGAUUGCCUCUCUUCUACUACCUGGUGGUCGUACAGCGCAUUCGCGUUUUAAGAUUCCCUUUGAACUUGAUAAGGAUUCUUGCUGCUCGAUUGAUGUUGGGACGGAUCUUGCUGGGCUGAUUAAUGAUGCUGCGCUUAUAAUAUGGGAUGAGGCACCGCUACAACAUCGUUAUGCAUUUGAAGCGGUUGACCGUACUUUUAGAGAUAUUUGUCGAAAUAAUAUACCUGGUGCAGACCGUCGAGUAUUUGGAGGGAAAUGUGUCGCUCUUGGAGGAGACUUUCGACAAAUUCUUCCUGUUAUUCCGCUUGCUCCGCGUAGUGAGAUUGUUGCUUCAGUUGUGAAUAAGUCAUCGACUAUAUGGGGUGCGUGUAAGGUGUUUUCUUUAACGAUUAAUAUGCGGUUGAAUAGUUCAAGUGUUAAUGACGAUGUUGUAAUACAACAUCGAGAUUUCAAUAAGUGGAUUUUAGAUAUGGGGUCUGGUCGUCUUCCUGCAAUUUCGCUAGACGGGGAAGAUGAGAGAACUUGGAUUAAUAUACCUCGCGAUCUAUUGAUUCCUGUUUCAGAUAAUCCUAUUGAAUCGGUUGUUUCAGAUACAUUUCCUAAUAUAGAAGAACGAUUCUCUGAUGUUUCUUACCUACAGGAGCGUUGUAUUUUAUCAUCGACUAACAAUGAGGUUGAUACGAUUAAUCUACAUGUUCUUGAUAAGUUGCCAGGUGACAAUCAUGAGUUAUUUAGUCUCGAUUCCAUUUGUGCAAGUACAAAUAAUAUUGAAGAAAUGCAGGCUAUGUAUCCUACAGAGUUUCUUAAUACUUUACAGUUUUCUGGCUUACCGAAUCACAUAUUAAAGUUAAAGGUUGGGGCACCAAUCAUAUUGCUACGUAAAUUGAAUCUCAAGAAAGAAUUGUGUAAUGGGACCCGUUUAGUGGUUACUCAAAUAAGUCGUCGUGUUAUUGAGGGCGUUAUUAUUACGGGUACGCAUGUUGGAGAAAGAGCUUUUAUUUCUAGAAUUGAUAUGACUCCAACUUCUACAUGUUGGCCUUUCCACUUUAAGAGAAGACAGUUUCCCGUGAAACUAUGUUUUGCUAUGACAAUUAAUAAAAGUCAGGGCCAAACAUUUAAACAUGUUUGUGGUUACUUGGUAAAGCCUGUUUUUUCACAUGGUCAACUUUAUGUGAUUGCCUCCCGUGUUACAUCUCGAGCUGGUCUACGAUUUUAUGUUGAUAAUGAUGGUUCUCAUAAUAUAGAAUGGGACAUCGAUGUUGUGGGUGUUCUUCGUGUGUGUGGUUAUCUUGAUACUGAUUUGCGGUCUUCACAAUCAAAUAAUCGGGAAGUACGACGAAUUGUUUUAUCCGAUGAAGUUGGUAAUAAUCUCAAUGCUUCUAUAUGGGGCCAACUUGCACUUAAGUAUACUGAUGAGGACAUGAGGCGCCAUGCCACUAAUACAGUUGUUGUAUUAACAUCUUGCCAGGUUCGAUUGUUUGAAGGUGCUCCUUGUGUGAUGUCAACAGUUGCAUCUCAAUUAUAUAUUAACUUGUCAUCACCAGUUUGUGAUGUCUUCAAGACAAUGUUACCGGUGCCUGUUUUAUUUAAAGCUAACACACCACAAAAUGAAGACUCGCAAGUUGUUAGUAUUGCUGAUGUUUAUCGAUCUAUUCAGGCAGGAGUUUAUAAGGGGACAUUUUAUAACAUCUUUGGUACUAUAGUUGAUGUUGAUUUGUUUAAUGAUUGGAAUUUCAAGUUGGUUGUCCGCGUGGUUGAUAAUGAUGUUGAGAUGAUGUGCGUUCUUUUUGAUGAUGUUGUGAUUGCACUUAUUGGGAUUACUGCGGAGGAGUUGCUUUCUAAAAGUUUGUCUGAGGGUGUUAAUGAUCCUUUAUGGGCUCACACAUAUUUGGUUGAUUCUUUAUGUGCUAGGAGUGUUACAUUUCGGAUUAAGAUUGAUGAAUAUAACUUGGCACCUCACUAUUCUUAUCUCUUUACUGUGUCAAAGUUCAUUAAGGAUUAUAUCGUAUCGCACGCGAAUAACAUUAGUUUAUCUACGAUUAGUACUUGCACGGAUGAUAUAGAUCAUGUUUUUGAAGACAAUGAAGAUGAAUGUGCAGAGUUUUUUUCAAGAGUCUCAACUGAAGAAAUGGAUAUGGCUGAUGAAUUGUUAUGGGGUCCAAUCAUUUCAUCAGUCUCGUCUAAUGAAACACCAUUGGUACAAUCGUUUGAUUAUGAAGCAGAUAAUGGUUCUAUCAUUAAUACAAGAAAGUCGAAUACUAGGGAUGUUACAACUGCUACCACAUCUGUUGUUAAGUGUUCUAAUGAGUGUGAUCAACAAGUAAGGCCUAAACGAGCAAGACGAAAGCCAAAUAAAUAUACUGAUUAG